UAUGUUUUCAUACUCCACGAUUAUGUCGCUGUCAGAAUGGAUAUCACGGAUUAUUCUAAUCAGAUAGCUCUUGUUCCCACAAUAUUGUAUUAUUGGAUCAACAUCCCUUACUGUUAGCAUAAUAAUAAUAGCAAUGAUAAUAAUUAUGUGCUGUACACAAAAUGGUGACAGGACCAUUACGAAGCGGUAGUGCUUGAUGGUGGCUGGCUUACGGUUGCCGAUUUACAAGUCCGAUUCAGUGAGUGUGUAAUGCUUGUGGAAGACAUGAAUACCACAACCCGAGCGCCAGUGCGUUCGAAUUUCAGGAGGAUUUUCUGUGCAUCUUUAUGGCCGCUGCAGCUGCUGGGUUUCAUACCCUGGAAUCUGGAGGGUCGCGUCACCAAGCGCGCCGGUAAAUUGGAGUUGUGCUACUCUGUCAUUGGUGUUGUCAUCUGUUUGUGUGGCUGGGUCGGCGUCGUGGUGUCUGUGGACACGUGUGCGGUGGAAUUUCAGCGGGUUAAAUCUUUUUUCCCAACCACCAAUCCCAUUAUCAAAGCCACCAUUAUCGCCACGGCGUUUUUUAUUAACUGCCGCGGUGCGGCUAUUGUAACGGUUUUAUUGUGCCACAGAAACGCUUGGCGACAGCUAAUAACGGUGUUCCAUCGAAAUAUUCGCAUUUUUUUAGACACUUUCAGUUAUCCAUUGAGUAAACUAAUUCGUUUGAAAUUUAUGGUGAUUGGAUUAAUUAUCGCGUUUUUACUGAUGUCGUACUUGUGGUUAUACUCCAAAUGGUUAUCGGCGAAAUCGAGUAUGGAUGGAUUUUCCUGGUUGACGAUCCAAAGCAUCGGUACACUGGAGUUAGAAAUGGUGUUCUGGCACGUGGCAAUAUUCUGGAUGAUAUCUGGAUUGCUGCCAUACAUUUUAUCACAGAUCCUGUUUGUCAUGAUAAUUGUCAUGGCGUUCAUCCAGUCCAUGAUCGUCGACCGUGUGUACCGUCAAAUUAGCCUCACCCUCGACCGGUUGCGUAAUGUUUGCGAUCCGGAUGAGAAUAUGAUUGAGCCGGUGCAUAAAAUUUUCCAGUCCGCUGUGAAGGAACUGGAACAAGCUAAAACGGUUUAUCACAGUAAUGUUUUGUUCUGUGAUUAUUUUAAUGAGCACUUCAGCCGGGUGUUGUUGCUUAUUUAUGAAAACGACUGCAUGACCGUCUGCGGGAACAUCGGUACGCUGGUGGCGGGCUUUUCGCACAGUGAGAAACAUCUGGCGCAUGUGGUGGUGCGCUGGGGCAGCGUUUAUGCCAUCCUCAUGUUUCUCAUGCAUAUCACGCUGUGCUUUAUUCCCAUGGCCUGCAUUUACGAGCAGGGAAAGUGCAUCGCUGCAAAAUGUCAUGACAUGAAGAUUGCACUGGAAAUCAUUAAAGCCGAACAUCCGGAUGCUCAACAGACUGAAGUCCGAAAUGAGCUUGCUUCGGCUGCAACGGUGUUCGAUCGGGAAAUUUAUUAUGGAAUUGGACAUUUAUUUAUUCUGAAUAAGAAACUGAUAGCCACGACUUUAACAUUCCUGAUAUCCUUCGCAAUAGCGAUCAUUAGCAUUGUCGCAAACUUAACGCUAAUCGCCGUGUACCGCAAAACUUCCACCUUACGUGAACAAUCCGUUUCUGUGACGAAGGCAACAGGAGAUACCAAUAUGUCGAACGAAACGUCAGGCGGGUCAAUGCGACGCCGACGGCAGAAUGUGGAUGAACCUCGCCAGUACAAUGCACGUCGCCACUUCGCCAUCUUGACAGCGUUGGUACUGGGUGCAGUCUUCUGCUGGACACCCAUUAAUGUGACUUACUCGUUAAUGGUGUGGAAUAAUACAUUUAAUCUUCAAGCGCUAGCGGCGACGAGCGUCAUAUUCUUCCUCGAUGCAUUGCUGAAUCCGUUAAUGUACCCGCUGGCGUCGAAGGAAUGGCGGGAUGCAUUCCGCAGUUUGUUAUGCUGUGGAAGAUAG